AUGGUGAAGCAGUACAAGAAGGCCCUCGGCGACGCCAUCACGGCGGUGGCGGUCUCCGAGGGGCGGUCGCCCCAGGCCUGCUUCUACCUCGGCCGCGAAUACCGCCGGUUUCUGCAGAUCCCCGAGGCGGUGGCGGCCUUCGACGCCGCGGAGGCGCUCCUGCGCGGGAUCCUCCGCGCCGAUCGCGCGGGGCUCACGCGGCUCACCGCGGAUCUCCUCCCGGAGCCGACCGGGGAUGACGACUUCUGGGCGCAACGCGGCCGCCGUGGAGGAGGGGGGGAGGGCGAGACCGAGAAAGAAAAAGAAAAAGAAAGGGAGAAAGCGAAGGUGAAAGAAACGGAAAUGGAGGAUGCCUACGCGGCGGCGAUGGAAGGGGGCAACGCGCGUUGCCUGCGGCUUUUCGGGAUGAGCGUGGCGGAGCUCGCGGGGUGGCGGCGGCGGGCGAGCGAGGCGCGCUCCGUGAUGGCGGUGCAGGGGCACCACACCGUCGCCUUCCCCACCCAUAACGCGAUGUUAACGCUGCUCAGCCGUCGGAUCGCGACCGUCCGCGGGGGGCUGGUGCUUUCGAUUGAAAACGCCCUCCCCCUCCCGAUGCACCUCCUCGGCUGCGUCGCCCCGGACGCGAGUUUCUACGUGAACUUCGACUUCCCCGCGACGAUCGAGAACGGCCACUGCGGGCUCGCGAUGCUGCAGCCCCGGAAGUGGGGCGGCUACUCCGGCAGCGUCUGCUACGCCCUCGGGGAGAAGCUUUGCUGCUUUUUUUACUUUGAACGGACGAUGAUGGGGACGAUUAAGUUCGGCGUCCACUUCCACGACGUCCUCACCGAUGUGUUGCGGCGGGCGCUGCGGCAGACGGCGGACGCCACGCCCGGGAUUCGAACCGGGCAUAUCGCCCCCCCGGGAAGUGGCGGCGCCGAGGGGCUUUCCAACCCCCUCGACGGGAGGCUCACGCCGACGCUGAAGGGGAGCGUUCUGGUGAGCAGCGCGGCCGCCCACGCGAGCCGCCUCGUCGCCCUCAACGCGCUGCAGACGCCCCCGACGACGGCGUGGGUGUCGACGCACAGCGCGAAGCUCCCGGACGGGCGCCUCGUCAAGGCCUCCGCCUACCUGCACGGGAAUCAGACGAUUUGCUUCUCCCUCUCGGAGAUCCCGUCGGUGCGGGUGAAGGAUGUGGAGCUGCUGCCCGCGCUGGAGUACGCCGGCCCGCUGGUGCUGAAAAAGCUCAGCGCCGUGAGCAAGCACUACCGGGAGGUGGUGAAUCAACUCCCCCCGCCGAUGUUCUUCGGUGGGGAGCGGCACGCCUACCCGGAUUACUGCGCGAUGGGCGACGGGCGCUCCUCGCCGUGGGUGCUGCGCGAGGAGCGCCCGGUGAAGUGGCGGAUCCUCUUCGAAUCCCGCGCCGCCGAACGCGAGGAGUUCCACAUCAUCGGCAAAAACAGCCCCCCCCAGGCGUUUUUGUACAUCGUCACGAAUGCCCAGACCAAGGUGGCGAGUACGGUGUACUACGGAGAUUGCCGCUGCCCACUCCUCGCGAUCCGAGAGAGUCGGAUUCCGUUUAAAAGCACCUUAUACUUCACCACACCGCUCGGGCGCACCUUUGCGAGCUGCAGCGGCGACGUCCAGGAGCGUUUCUCGCUCACCCUCAACGUCGGUGGCGUCGAGGAGGUGCUCUACACCGCGCAUCUGCAGCCCGAAGGGGGGGUUUUGCAUCGUUGGGAGGGGCUUGUCGGACCCUUCAACACCCUCCCCGCGAACCCCUCAUCGAUUACCUCCGGCGUGCUCACCCUCAUUGCCAACGAUGAGGGCGCCGGCAGCGGCAUGCACUGCGUUCACGAAGACAAAAGUGGAAUGUCCGGAAUCCUUCCCCUGACGUACGCGAAACAGUUCUCGAUCACCCGCCCUGCACGACCGAAUGAGGCCGCGGCGACGACGCCGACAGGCAGCGAAAUUCAUAGCUCCAACCUCAUGGCGAAGGUGAGGAUCUCACCGAUUGGCUAUUACUCCCUGAACAAAAGAGCUGUGGUGGGGGAAAUGACGUUCAUGCCGGGCGCGGAUACGCUGCUGCUGACGGCGAUGGUCUUUUGCAUGAUUCGAUGGUGA